AUGGAUGCGCCAAACCCAACUCCCGGUCUGCCUGCCCCCCAAAGCCAGUCAAUUCAGGCUGGCCAUCCCCAUACCACUUCGCAUAUACAACCGUCUUCAGCAACGACGCCAGAUGACACUAGGCACGGUGCCGACUCCAGGACCGGUGGAAGAAAUCGCAAAAAUAAACGAAAGGAUUUGGGAAGGAAGGCGUGGAGCCGUCUCCCCUCAGAUAAAAGGCAACGGAAUGAAAACGAGCAAGCCAAUAAACGUCGAAAAGCCGAAGAUGGCGAGGACAUCCCAAUAUACGCGACCCAGUUUUCAAAAGAGGACAUUGAAGCUGACCAAAGACGACCGAAACGUAAAGUUGCGGUGUUGCUUGGAUAUUCUGGAACUGGAUAUCAUGGCAUGCAGAUGAGUACAAAAGAACGUACUAUAGAAGGCGAAAUAUUCCCUGCUUUAGUUGCUGCGGGGGCCAUAUCCAAGGCAAAUGCAAUGGAUCCGAAGAAGUCAUCAUUCGUCCGAUGUGCAAGAACCGACAAGGGAGUCCACGCGGCAGGAAACGUAGUUUCGCUCAAACUCAUUAUUGAGGACCGAGACCUCGUACAAAAGGUGAACAGUAUACUCAGCCCUCAAAUCCGCAUAUGGGGCAUCGAACCGACAAGCAAGAGCUUUAGCUGCUACCAAUUCUGUGACUCAAGAAUGUAUGAAUAUUUAAUACCGACCCAUUGUUUUUUACCGCCCCAUCCUAGCACAUUUCUAGCAAAGAAAAUAUUAGAAGCUGCUGCCACCGAAAACGACAUGGAAGCGUACGAAAACAGACAAGAAGAAGUACUCUCAUAUUGGGAAGACGUCGACAAAGAAUUUAUUAAGCCUCUGUUAGAUACUCUGCCGGAAGAUACUCGAGCAAAAGUGCAGGAAGCUCUUUGCAUCCGUGAACGAAACUCCAGCAGCAAAAAGUCUGGAGAGAAUGAAAACCCUAGCGUGAACGCUUCAACGCUACCUGAAGCCAGUCAACCGCAGGAAUCAAACGCCGACAACCCUGAAUCAACCGAGACUGGAGAUAAGGCUAUUAGCAAUAUUAUCAAGACUGUCCGCGCAGCUUACUUCAAAGCAAAAAAAGCUUACCGGAUUCAUCCUACACGCCUCGCUCGUGUCCAGGAGGCGCUAGAUCAAUAUGUGGGAACCCGAAAUUUCCACAACUACACGAUACAGAAAACGUUUCGAGACCCUUCGGCCAAACGGGUAAUCAAAUCAUUCAAGAUCUCGAAGGACCCUAUAAUCAUCGACGGCGUCGAAUGGUUGAGCCUAAAAGUACAUGGUCAGAGUUUCAUGAUGCACCAGAUUAGAAAAAUGGUUGCUAUGGCGGCAUUGGUCGUCAGAUGCGGUACUGAUCUACAAAGGAUAGCCCAGAGCUAUGCAGCUCAAAAGGUCCCGAUUCCUAAGGCUCCUGGUCUCGGCCUGCUUCUUGAGCGACCGAUAUUUGAGACAUAUAAUAAAAAGGCUAAGGAUCUAGGUAGAGAUCCAAUUGACUUUAACAAAUACGAAGAGCAGAUGGAAGAAUUCAAAAAUAGAGAGAUAUACCAGCGGAUAUUCCGUGAGGAACAGGAGACGAAUGCUUUUGGUAACUUCUUCAACCAUAUAGACACAUUUCGCGAAGAUUGUUUUCUCUAUGUUACGUCCUCAGGAAUUCGGGAACCUCGAGCAGACAUGGUUACAACUGCCGAGACUGGUAAGGACAAGGAAGCUUUAGCGGAAGUUGAGUCAGAGUCUGAGGAUGAAGUUGUAAACGGCGGGGAAGAGGGCGGUUGA